CGGAACUCUGGGUUAGCUCCAAUUCUAUAACCACGGACGGUGACGGCAAUGGCGACGACUAACAUGAACAACCUCACCACCCUCAUCAAACGGUUCGUCUAUUUCAUCAUCUCAAUUCGAAUCUCCAACUCCUCCAAUUCCACCACUCCCUACCGUAUCCCCCGGCUUCCACCAUGGAAGCGAACCCUCCUGCCAAACUCGCCCGUCCCAUCUCGGAAUCCUCGCUUACGGAGCUUCUCCACAGGCUAGAAGCCGCAACGUCGCGGUUAGAAGACAUUGCUUCUUCGGCCGCCAGCUAUGAUCCGGCCGACUCGCAGCCGGGGACAACCGCCCCUGCGGCCGCCACCUCCAAGCCCGACUCCUCCGCAAAGCAACCUCCACCAUCCGCCGCAUCGACUCCACGGCCCGAAACACCAUCGGAACCUUCCAUACCGAAUGUGGUCGCCUUGUUGGAUUCGUUGAUGAGCGAAGCCCUCGAGCCGUGGAUGGAACUGAGCGAGAAGAUAGGUGGCCUGGUCAAGGAACAAUCAGCUGGGGUGGAUAAAGCCUUUCAGGAGCAACGGAGCUUUAUCCUGCUUACCACCCAGGCCAAGAACCCGGGUCAAGAUUCGGCGACGUAUAUGGAGUGCCUCGUGGGGAUCCAAUCCCAGAUCAUCAAGGUCGACGAGAUGGUGUCGAAGAACUACGGUUCGCAGUUUCGCGAUCACCUCGCCAUGGUUGCUGGCGGACUUCAAUGCCUGAGUUGGGUCACUGUGGACUCGAAACCGCAAGACUUGGUCAGCGAGCUAUUUGGCGGCGCCCAGAUGUACGGAAAUAAGAUCUUGCAGAAGUACAAGACCGAGGAUCAAACGCAGGUCAAAUGGGUCCAAGCCUUCUACAAGCUCUUCAAGAUGCUGCAAGAGUAUAUCCGGACCAAUUUCCCGAAAGGCAUUACAUGGAAUCCCAAGGGUAUCGAAGCGUCGGAGGCCUUGAAACAAGCAAAGGCCUCGAAAUCAGGAGCCAAAGCGCCUGGUCCUCCUGGCCCCCCUCCACCACCUGCUGGUGGUGCUCCACCUCCCCCUCCGCCGCCCGCACCCGCACCGCCACCAUUCACGGGCGACGUUUCGAAAUCAUCCGCCAAGGAGGGCGACAUGGGUGCGGUGUUCCAGGAGUUGAGCAAAGGCGAAUCGGUCACCCAAGGGCUUCGCAAAGUGCAAGCAUCGCAACAAACGCACAAAAACCCGUCGCUCCGAGCCGCCGCCGCCGCGGUGCCAACCCGGAGCGACAGCUCUUCGUCGGCAGGACGGGGUAAGUCGCCGACGCCGCCGGGGAAGAAGCCGAAGCCGGAGAGCAUGCGGACGAAGAAGCCGCCGCGAAAGGAGCUGGAUGGGAACAAGUGGAUUAUCGAAAAUUACGAUUCUCCAGCCGGACCGGUCGAGAUCUCGGUCGAACUCAGCCAUUCGAUCCUCAUCACGCGCUGCAAGAACACCACGAUCCGCAUCCACGGUAAGGCGAACGCCAUCUCCGCCGACUCCUCGUCACGGCUUUCGAUCAUCCUCGACUCCCUUGUCUCCUCCGUCGACGUCAUCAAGUGCCCCAACUUCGCCGUGCAGGUGCUCGGGUCGAUCCCGACGAUCCUGCUCGACCAGGUCGACGGUGCCACCGUCUAUCUGAGCAAGGAGAGCGCAGGCAGCGAGAUCUUUUCGAGCAAGUGCUCCAGCGUCAACGUCAAUGUUCUGGGUGACGGCGAUGACGGCGACUAUAAGGAGUGCCCGGUGCCGGAGCAGAUGCGGAGUUUUAUCAAGGAUGGCAAGUUGGUCACGGAGAUUGUCGAGCAUGCGGGUUGAGUGCGCAUUUCAUAUCACCAGCGUUUUUUUAGGAGAAAAAAAUAAUCAUUCCGCGGGCAUCAAUUCUAGCGAAUACCCGAUAUACUUGGAUACGGCGACCGACGGGCGAGGGAAUCAUGCGCUCUCCAUCUUCUUUAAACCUGUAAUUUACAUC